UAUUGUCGCAGUAUAUCGCAGAUGCCAGGUGCUUAUUGUAAUUUUUAGGUUACCUAACCUCAAAAAUGUUUAAAUUCUCUAAAAUCUUGGUAAAUUGUACCAAAAAUAGCGGAAGACUACCAUCUAUAUCAAGAAUAAACUUAUCUUCAUCUCCAGUUGUCGCCGAAGUUAAAAAUCCAGAGGGGGAAGAUGUUCCAAGAUCCACUGUUGCAAAGUCAAAUUUAAACCAAAAAACCCAGCAUAGUAUGGUAGCUACAGCUUUUGCUUCGUUAAAUUCAGAAAAUGUUAACAAAAUUAACAAUGAAAUAAAUACACCACACACAGAUACUAAAAUUGCAAGUGCUAAAACCAUUGAUGAAAUUUUGUCCAUAUCGGAGGGGAAUGGUGUUUCUCGAAAACAUGCUUUAAAGGUUGUGUCUGUCCUGGCAGAAUGGACAUCUUCAGGAAAAGUUGCUUUAAAUGAAUUUGAAGCGGAUCCACGUUUCAUAAGAUUAUGUAAAAUUUUGACGAAAAACGCAAAUACCAAACCAAAUAAAUACGACAUUCCUUCUAGAAGCGAAGAUUUGUCCACCAUUUUAAAUGUAACAGCUGACGAUGAAGCUGCAAGGCUUGUAUCAAGCAUAACUUUACCACAAAUGGUAAAGGUAAUGACCACCUUAUCUCAAAAGAAAAGAAGGUCUACCCUAUUAUUAAGGGCACUUGCAUAUAAUAUUACAGCAAGUGCUGAUAAGUUAGAUUUAAAGAAGAGCGCAGAUUUGUUGUUUAGUAUAUCAAAUUUAAACUUUCCGGAUGAAAAUUUACUGAGCAAAAUUUCAAACGAUGUUGUUGCUGAAUUGGAAGGAAACAUUCAGAAAAGCGCUGUUAUUGGGUCUAUUUUGACUAGUGUAGGACUUUUAAAAUAUAAAAAUGUUGUUCUUUUAGAUGCUCUGAGUGAAUGGAUUUUAAAACAGCAUUCAAUUUGCAGACCGCAAGAUGUAUUUAGUCUUUUUAUGACUCUAGCAGUUUUAAAUCACAUCCCUUCAAAUUCUGAUAAAUUAUUUGAGGUUUUAAUCCCCCAAUUAAAUCAAUCAGAAGCUGGUAAACCCUUAAUUUGGCUUGAUAUUGUUUGGUCUUUGGUUUUGUUAAACCAAGCUACUAUAGAACAUAUUUCCAGUGUUUUAAAUGAAAGUUUCAUUAAACUAAUUGAAGAAGAAAAUACUUUGAGCCUGUCAGCAAAACUAAAACUUCUUAACAUUAACGGACAUGCCAGGGUUGUCGUUCCCAAUUACAAGGGUCCAACCUUGCCAGAUGGUUCAGAAAUUAUUAAUACUGUUAUUUUAAGAUCAAAGGAAAAGAAAUACAUGGUUGACUCAGUGGUAGAUACCUUAAAAAAUUUAAUUAGAUCUGAGGAUAAUCUUGGAACCAAUGUAAAUACUGGAUUUGGUUUUAAUAUUGAUGCUGAAUUUGUAUUAGACAAAAAAUGCAACCCAUUACCUUUAAAUGAUAAAACCAACAAAGAAGCUAAAAAGAUUGCUUUAAUGGCUUACGAUUUCUAUGACAUGAGUAAAGGUAGAGUAGAACCAACAGGCGUUAAUGUUUUAGCAUCAAAUUUCUUAAAAGCACAAGGUUACAAAGUUUUAUCUGUCCCCUUUACAGAAUUUAAAUGUAGGGAUAAAUUAGUGCACCGAGUUAAGUAUAUUGAAAGUAAACUAAAAGAAAUUGUAAAUAAUUAAUAGUUUUAUUAUAUAUGUAACAUAAUUUAUUACUAUAAAUUGUUUUAUUUAACAAAACACUACGUAAAAAUUGUUUUACUAUGAA